CACACGGACCCGCAAGCAGCCGCAGCAAGUACGCAGAAUCGUCCACUGCAGCACAGCUCAUCGUCGCCGCCGCCAUGUCGCCGCUGUCGUGGCUGUGGGGCACGCGCCUCGAGGCCGCGCCCGGCCAGUGCGCCACGCCGUGCGCCUUGCCGGCGCUCUCCAGCGACGCCGUGCGUCCACCAGCGAGCCCGCGCAGCUACACACACAUCAUCGUCGGCGCAGGCACCGCCGGCUGUGUGCUGGCCUCGCGCCUCACCGAGGACCCGGGCUGCCGCGUGCUGCUGCUCAACCCCGGCCCGCGUGUCAACGACGUGCUCUCGCGCAUCCCGCUCAUGAGCAUUGCGCGCUCCUACACGCCCUACUACGCCUACCGCAUCGACAGCGUGCCGCAGCGCGGCCUCGACCCGCCGCGCACCGUCAGCAUGGUCGCCGGCCGCAUCGUAGGUGGCUCGAGCGCCAUCAACGCCUCCGUCUACACCAUCGGACCUGAUGUCGAGCUCGAUGCGUGGGCGGAGCAGCUCGGUGCGCCCAGCUGGAGCGCUGCGUCCUUCAAGGCCCUAUUUGCGCUGCCGCGCCACCGCGGCCAGAAGGACGAUGCGCCGGGCCCGUGGCACACCAGCCAGCCCGUCGAGCACCUCUACCCGCUCACGCGCCACGUGCUGCGGGCCCUGCGCGAGGCUGGCGUGCCCAACGUCGACAAUCCGCACGCCGGCGAGGGCGGGCCCGUCGGCACAGGGAGCUUCAUCGUCCAGCAAACGCACUUUCCAGACGGCACAAAGGCGCACGCCGGCAAUGCGUUCCUCACCGACUCGGUGCUCGCGCGCCCAAACUUGACGCUCUGCACGGGCGUCAGCGUGCGGCGCAUCUACUUUGACACGGCCGGCAACGGGCCGGUGUGCAAGGGCGUCUUCUUCGAGGAUGGCUAUUCGGGCAAUGCCUUCUUUGCCGCCGCCUCGAGUACCAUCCUGUCUGCCGGCUGCUUCCACACACCGCACCUGCUGCAGCACAGCGGCAUCGGGCCACGCUCGCUCCUCGAGCCACACGGCAUCCCCGUGCUGCGCGAGCACCCGCACAUCGGCGCCGGCCUGCAGGACCACGUAGCGGUGCCGCUGCAGUUCCUCGUGCCGUACGCCGACUCGUCCAUCGCCACGGCCGACGGCAUCCGCGCGGCAUGGUACGGCCUGCGCCACGCCUGGGACUACUUUGUGCACGGCACGGGCAGCCUCUGCGCCGCCGGCUUCAUGGAGGGCGCCGCGUGGUUCUCGACGCACGACCUCGUCGAGGAGGCCGACGGCUCGCUGCGCGUCAAGUGCAAGGACCCACGGAGCAGCGUGGCCGACAUUGAGCUGCUCUUCACUACCUUCUGGCUAGACGAGGCCCUGCCGCGCUACGCCGGCAUGGAGGACGGCACGAUGGGCGUGUCAGGCAUGCUCGUCGUGCUCACCCAGCCAGCGUCGUCUGGCAGCGUGGCGCCAUCAUCGGCCGACCCGCGCGAUCCCCCGCUGCUCGACGCCGGCUACCUGACGGACGCGGACGGCUCGGACGUGGCACGCCUCUCGCGAGCCGUCAAGUUCGCCAUGGGCCUGGCACACGGCAUCAACCAGAGCGGCUACACGUGGAUGCCCGCCUCGGUGCCCGGCCGCGACGCCAUGAGCGGCGCAUGGACGUUCGAGGGACACGAGGACGUCACGCGCGACAUGAAGCCGACCGACUUCCUCGACCCGCACCUCGUGCCCGACGCCGCCGUUGAGGCGUACGUGCGGCGCCAUGCACGCGCCAUCUACCACGGCACAUCGACGUGCGCCAUGACGGCGCGUAGCGAGCGCAAGCUCGGCGUCGACCCCGAGACCCUCUCGCUCGACGCUGUGCGCGGCUUGCGCGUCUGCGAUGCCUCCGUCUUUCCUGCCGUGCCGAGCACGCACCCGCAGAGCCUCGUCGUCGCCAUGGCCGAGAAGCUCGCGCGCCAGAUGCGCAGCGAGUAGCUCGCAAUCUAUGUAUACCAGGGCCACUCUGUCUGUUCUCCCUCGUCACUCCG